UCUCAGCCUGAAUCCCACUUCACUCCCGGAGCCAGGCCCUCCACGCCGCCCCGACUGCCUGAGCCCUGACAUACAGGUCCUUGACUCCAGCAUGGAGGGGUGUUCAGAGGAGGCCAGCUUGCUGCGGCACCUGGAGAAGGUAGCCAGUGAGGAAGAAGAGGUGCCACUGGUGGUUUACUUAAAGGAGAAUGCGGCCCUGCUGACGGCCAAUGGGCUCCACCUGUCCCAGAACCGGGAGCCCCAACAGGCCCCAGCAACCCCACCUGAGGCUGAGGUCCCCAGCCCGGUUGCAGAUGUCAACCAGAACCUUUCCUCACACCAUGACACAGUCAUCACACUGGCUUCUAACAGCAGCCAUGGCCUGCCAGCCACUGAUGUCAACCAGAACCCACCAGUGACUGUCACCCCGCUUUCCAGUACCCCACAGAAUUCUGCAGGGGCACAACUCCCUCCAAAUGGCAUGAUUCCAGACUCCAAGUCCAGCACCCUAUGUGCUAGCGGGCAGCCCCAGGAGCUGGGUGCAGAGGUGAGAUCAAGCACACUCCUUGUGGAUAAGGUCUCCACACCGCUUAGUGCCACCAGCACCUUCGCCAAAGAAGCCACUCCCAUCUCCAGCUUCGGGACCCCAGUUCCAGAUUACAUGACCAGUUCCCUGCUUAUCGAUGUGCAGCCCAACGCCCCAGUGGUGUCUGCAGAACAAGAGACAUCUGGGCGGACAGCUGCCACCACACCCACCAGGCUGUACAGUGAGGUCCACCUCACUCUGGCCAAGCCCCAAUCAGUGGUCAACAGGACAGCCCGCCCCUUUGGCGUGCAAGCACCGGGGGCCCCCAGCCAGAUGGAGCGGAGCCCCAUGGUAGAGAGAAAACAUGUGGUAGCCCCAGCCCCCCAUCCCUCCACUGUGCCAGAUAGGAGCCCUCGGCCACAGAGACACGUCAUGUCAUCCCACAGCCCCAUGGUGGAAAGGAGGCCAGUGGCUCAGCGAAGCCCUGCCUUGGAGAGACGCCCCUUGGGGAACUUCACCCCGCCCCCCACCUAUGCUGAGACCUUGUCCACAGCCCCCCCAGCUUCCCGAGUUAGGUCUCCCCCCUCUUAUUCUGCUCUGUACCCCAGCUCUGACCCCAAGCAUUCUCAUCUGAAAGGCCAGGCAGUGCCCACCAGCAAGACGGGCAUCUUGGAGGAGUCGAUGGCCCGCAGGGGCAGCCGCAAGUCAAUGUUCACCUUUGUGGAGAAACCCAAGGUGACCCCGAAUCCAGACCUGCUGGAUCUGGUGCAGACAGCCGAUGAGAAGCGGAGACAGAGGGACCAGGGGGAGGCAGCCGGGGAGGAAGAGCCCUUUGCGCUGGGGGCCGAGGCCUCGAACUUCCAGCAGGAGCCUGCGCCGAGGGACAGGGCCAGCCCUGCAGCGGCCGAGGAGGCUGUGCCGGAGUGGGCCUCAUGCCUCAAGUCACCACGCAUCCAGGCCAAGCCGAAGCCCAAACCCAACCAGAACCUCUCUGAGGCCUCCGGGAAGGGGGCUGAGCUCUAUGCCCGCCGCCAAUCCCGCAUGGAGAAGUAUGUCAUUGAGUCUUCUGGUCACACCGAACUGGCCCGCUGCCCUUCACCCACUAUGUCCUUGCCUUCAUCCUGGAAAUACUCUACCAGUGCCCAGGGCGGCUUCCGAGUGGCAUCCCUAAGUCCAGCUCGGACUCCGCCUGCCUCCCUCUACCACGGCUACCUGCCUGAGAAUGGGGUCCUGCGUCCAGAGCCCACCAAGCAGCCACCCUACCAGCUGCGGUCCUCGCUCUUUGUCCUGUCUCCCCUCAAGGAGCCUGCCAAGGCCUCCCCAAGAGCGGCCUUGUCCAGAGCCGCCUCCCCAUCCAAGCCGAGCUCCCUGGACCUGGCGCCCAGCCUGCCCAAGGCAGCGCUUCCUCCGUCUCCAGCCCUGCCUCGGCCCUCCCGCUCCUCGCCCAGCCUCUACUCGCUGCCCAGCCAGGACGGCCUGCAGCCAGCCACCGUGAGCCCCACCUACAGCAGUGAUAUCUCCCCAGUGUCUCCCUCCAGGGCGUGGUCUCCCCGAGCCAAGCAGGCCCCCAGGCCUUCCUUCUCCACUCGGAAUGCAGGGAUCGAGGCUCAGGUGUGGAAGCCUUCCUUCUGCUUCAAGUAACGCACCCCAUAGAGACCCCACUGCCCGUCAGUGCCCCCCUCCGGGCCUGGAUGUAGAGCAGAUGUGGCAGAAAGUGGCACAGGGCUGAGAGGCAGGAGAAGGGGGACUCAGAACUUCAGAUCUGAGGGGACACUAGCUAGCUUUGUGACAUGGGGCCAGUCACCUCCCCUCUCUGAGCUGUAGCUGCCCCUUCCCAACUGCGAACUGAGCUCCGUAUUUGGGAUCUGAAGUCUUAGGCCAGGUGGGGAGGGGCAUCAUGGGAGAGAACAUCCUUGGCAGGCCCAAGUGGGGCUGAGUGACUCCCUCUGGCCUUUGUGAGCUGUGGGGAUGCCAGCAUCUUGCUGGGGAGUGGCCAAAAGGGGAUCUGACCAGUUUCUAGAGCCCACAGAGCCCGCCAGAACCUGUGACCCAGCCAGCCAAGGAAGGGGUCUGCCUCUCAGCUGCUCCAGGGCAGCCUCCUCAUCGUGGUCCUGCUCCUGGCAUCUUUCUGCCUGUCGUUGGAUUCUCACCACCAUGGGUCUGUCUCUUCCGCCUCUGCCUGUGGAUAUUCCUCUCGGCUGCUUCAGAGAACUUUGCCUCGGCCUCCACGUUUUCUCCUCCCCUGUGUUCUUCUGCUGGAUGAGGACUCAGCCCGUUACUGCUGUCCGACGCUUUUCUUUCUGCCCCUUCUGCUCCGCUGCCUCAGUGCCCUCUGUAAACAUCUGGCUCCACUCUAGGGACAGCUAAAGCUCCCUAGACUCCACCCUGACUCCACCUGGCUGGCCCUCGUGGUUCCGGAGUGUGGGAGGGCCCAGGGGACCUCCGAGAGGCCAUCACUGGAGGAGGGUGUGCAAGCGUGAGGGUGCGGCUCGUUAGGGGCUCCCAGCAGUAUAUUGCUGCCUGUGUUGGCUGCAGCUUGACCCAAGAUCUGCUGGACUAAGUGCAGCUUCUCUGCACAGUGGAAAGGGCCACAGGGAGAGAGGAGCACGAGGAAGGGUCUGGUCCUGUCUCAACCUCCCAUUUGCUUUGUGGCCUUGGCCAAGUCCCCUUCCCUUCCUGGAGCUCAGUUUUUUCAUGUAUACAGUGAGGGCCCUUCCAGGCCCUAACAGUGUGUGAGGAGUGGGAAGACAGGCUGGUGCUUCGGGAGAAAGGCCUUGUAAGUGAUAAACCCUGGUAAGACAGGAAAGGAAAUGGGCUGUUGCCCUAGGAGAGCUGGAGAUUAGAUGUCUUAGGGCUUGUUUAUUCCUGGGAGGGUGUGGCUGGGAUGGGCUGUGGCAGGAGGCCGAGAAACAGAAAGCCUAGGCUGGAGGGGCUCCACGCAGGGUUGUCUGCAGACAGUGGGAACAGGUGAGGUCCAGGGCAGGAGCUCAGCAGCUCUGUGGGAAGGGAUGAAGGAGUUCUUCAGGUGCUGAGGAGAAGACUGGACUAAGGAGAUCUGGAUGCUAACAGUCCCUAUGUGUAUCUUUGGGACUCAGUUGCUCCAUUUCUACAGUGAGGGUGUUGAAUCAGCUUGUCUGAGAUCUUUACCACCUCUGACACCUUUGAUGUGAUACAGCCCCCCACCCCCAAACCAGGUUUUGUGGGGGUUGGGGUGUGAGAAUUACAGACUCUUGAGGCAGGAUUCAGAUGGAAGCUUCCCAAGGUGGGGGGGCUGAGCACCACCCACUUCCUCUUUCCCAGGCCUAUUUCUGGGCUCCCUAGUGGGGCAAGGGGUGGUGGAGGCGGUCCCCAUGCUGGGCUGAGCCUGCAGUUUUCGUGAGCUCUGGGCGCGUCUCCAUGGGAACAGGGGUGCCUUCCCAGUGAGCUCAUUCUGCCCAGAACUCGGGGGCGUGCGUGGGGGAGUUGUGAGUGAGCUCAGUUCCUCCAUGCCAGCCCCUCCCAGCACGAGUGGGGUCCCUGUCCUGAACCCUGGGUUGCCAAGUUCCUCCAGGGCCAGCCAAGGAAAAGCCCACCUCCAUCCUGCAGCUCCCCGGCCAAGCUGGCAGAAGGCUUCCCUGACUUUGUUUUCUCUCCUGUCCUCAAUACACUCUGCCUCAAAUCUGUCUUGCUUCUUUCUUCCGCGCUCGCUGGCUGGUGGUCUGGAUACUGAUGGGGCCCCUUCUCCCUCUCGGAUCUGGGACUGCAGGUGGCUGUGUGAAGGCGAGUCAUCAGCCUGCGGUGGGUCUGGUGGUGCCAGGACGGCUGGCUGGGAGGUGGGGGCUGUGACUCUGCCCAGGUCAGCACUUAGGGAAUCAGUCCUU